UAACACCCAAUUGUACGGGUAUUAUAUGGUACACCCGAUUGUACACAAGUUUUUUGUGUUUACGUUGUAAAUGGUAUUUUAAGUUCUGAGCGUAAAAUUUACACUUUCCUUUAUAUAUAAAUUGUUCAUUCUACUUCUAAAGCCAUUUUCCCCUUAACGUUAUAAAAUGAUUUUCUAAAACUAUAUUCUCAUGGACUUGAUCAAUGGCUGGUUUCUUUUGCACGAUUACAGCAUCCAAAAAAAAAAAAAUCCGGCGUUGCUUAGAAUGGCUGAACCAAAAGCUUCCAAUCACCUGUUGAUUGAUAAAGAAAAAACAUUAAAGGGGCGUUUCCCAUCUAUCAUUUAAGCUAAUUUUGUUUAAAUUCAUUUCUCAUUAAAAAUGUAAGAUUUAAAUAAUUUAAUAAUGAGGAUAAAAAUACUAGUAUCAAUUAUGAAAAAUAAAUACUCCCCUCUACAUAUGGAGGAGGAAAGGAAAUUAUGGCGCUACAAUGUUGGUGAACCCAAAUUUCAAAAAGAAGAGAAAGAAAAGGGGUUGUAAAAGUCAAAAAAGUGAAACUAAAAUCAUGGAAUUAUAGCUGUAGCCGAUCAUUAACUUUGUCUUAUAGAAAAGCUAAGGCAGACACACAUAGACAGACCGCUUCGAUGGGUGUGUAGACUGCAACUUUUACCCUAAUUGUGGGACUAUGUGUUGUAGUGAAAGAAGCAUUUAGCAUUGGAUGAAAAACUAGUUAGUCAAAUGAUGUCAGUUUACUGUUGUUUAGCAUUGCAUUUCUUGACAAAACUCAGCAUUUACAAAACUGGUGAAGCUAGAGUUGGCUAAUCUGUGAUUUGAACUCCAUUCAUAAAAGAUACUAGUAUUUCUAUAAUUUUGUGUAUUGCAUUGGCAUCUACACAUGCCAUGACUCUUAUGUGUGAAACCUGCUGCUGGCUUUAGAGCUGUCUGUCAGAAUAAGUGAAGAAAAUAUAGUCAUCACUUUUGUUGCAACCUCCAUAAUUCCCAUUUCUUUUCUUCAUCAAGAUUCAAGAAUAUGUAGAGAAAACAGACCCUAGUUCAAAUAUAGUAGUAUAACAAUGUCACCAUUCUUGAUGAAGCCAUUAUUACUGUAUUUCUCCCUUGUGACUGUCACCACCACUUCUCUGCUGCCAUUUUCUUCAUCAGUCGGAGCCGGAGAGGAGGGGGUUCCCUCCUCUCCGGCUUUCUACGACGCGUUCCAGCCAUCUCCGGAGACGUCGCUCGCACCCAACAACUUGGAUGGACAAGAUUUGGACCCAACACUUGUGUUAGCUCCAAGGAGAACUUACAGAAAAGACCCUCUUGAUCACUUUCAAAUGUACACUGCUGGCUGGAACCUCACUAAUCGCCAUUACUGGGCUUCUGUGAGUUACACUGCUGCCCCCUUUUUUGCUAUUGCUGCAAUCUGGUUUGUUACCUUUGGGAUAUGCUUAUCUCUCAUCUGUCUCUGCUACUGUAUCCGCCGUCGAAAGGAGCCCUUUGCUUAUUCUCCAAUUGCUUAUGUUCUCUCUCUCAUCUUCAUCCUACUGCUUUCCAUUGCUGCAGUAAUCGGAUGCGUUGUGUUGUACACGGGGCAGGAGAAGAUGUACAGCAGCAUCAUUGACACUUUGAAUUAUGUGGUGAGUGAGGCAGAUGAAACAUCUGAUACUCUAAGGAAUGUGUCCCAACAUCUUGUUGCAGCCAAGCAAACCACCGUUGUUCAAGUUUCUCUGCCGCCUACUGUCCAAACAGACAUCGAUCAACUUCAGGGCAUGCUCGAGGCUUCAGCUACAACGCUAGCCACUAAAACGGAAGAAAAUUCACGAGACGUGAAGAAACUAAUGGAUUCAGUGAGACUGGCUCUUAUCCUACUCACAGCUUCCAUGCUGCUUCUAAUCCUCCUCGGAUUUGUGUUUUCAACGCUCGGCAUGACAGUUCCUGUAUACAUAGUGGUGACAGCAGGGUGGAUUCUUGUGACAGCAACUUUCAUUCUCUGCGGCAUUUUCCUACUUCUCCACAAUGCAACAGGAGACAGUUGCAGAGCGAUGAUGCAGUGGAUCCAAAAUCCGACUGCUCACACGGCUCUAGACGACGUCCUGCCCUGCGUCGACAGCGCCACUGCCCAACAAACCUUAGCCAAGAGCAAGCAAGUAACGUCUCAGUUAGUGGACUUGAUCAACACUGUCAUUACCAAUGUCUCUAACAUCAACUUCGCCUCCAACUUCGUGCAACUCUACUUCAACCAGUCCGGCCCUCUUCUCCCAACCCUCUGCAAUCCCUUCCGUCCCGACCUCUCCGACCGCCCUUGCUCCCCCGCUGAAGUCGACCUCCACAACGCCACUCAGGCGUGGAGUGGCUACGUGUGUCGUGCAUCGCCCAGUGGCAUCUGUUUAACGACGGGGCGUCUGAGCCCGAAUCUCUACUCUCAAUUUUCUGCAACCGUGGAUGUGUGCAACGGCUUGUACCAGUACAGUCCCUUCCUCAUCCAACUCGAAGAUUGCAGUUAUGCGAGGCAGACGUUCAUGGAUGUCGAGACCGGCUACUGUCCCGGGCUCGAAAAAUACAGCCAACGGGUGUAUGUUGGGCUGGUGAUGGUGGCCACUGCAGCGAUGCUCUCGCUAGUGUUUUGGGUGAUAUAUGCAAGAGAGAGGCGCCACCGCCACCGCCGCCGCCGCCACCACAGCCACGCCAGAGGCAGCAAAGGGGAUAACCCAAGAGGUUUUGUGUAUGCCAAAGAUGGAGAUAAGCACAAAUAGUGCUCACUUUCUUCUUCUUUAAGAUAAACUUGUUCUUGAUUUGCAGUUAAUCUCUUCUUUUUCUUGUUAAGAUGAGAAACUUGUAGUCGUUAACUAUGCUGGAUUUUGAAUUAGUACAAAAACUCUGUAUCCCACAAUGACA